UCUUAAUCGGUGCGGACCCAUGCUGGGUGCGGUCGGUGGUCUUUGAAAAUUUAAAAUAUUCAAACACUGUGUGUAAUACCCUCACGAUUAUAUGUGAUAUUAGCUAUUCUUACUGUAGAUGAUGUUUUAACUCGUUAAGUUUCUUCAAAAAGAGAUUUUAGAUCCCAAAAAAUUAUCCACCUAACUUCCACUUACACCUUACUGUAAGGAUAUCAGACAGUUUAUUUGCACCAGUCAUUAGAAAUUAGACAAACAUGGAAGGAGCUAGUGGAAGUAGCAACUCAGAUCCCCGUUUCGAGUUUCUCGGAUCGUUUGUGCAGAAAACGCUCAAAUUAAAACCGGAGAAAUGGCACCGUUUAGUGACACUAGAAGAGCACAAGACAGUGCUGAAAGAGUUUUUCGAUACCCAGGCAUCCUUAGUGUUGAUUAUUAUUCUCACACCUUCAGCACAGUUGAUUCCAUUAGUUAGCUUUCCUAUGGUGCAACUAAAAAAUAAAGGAGUUUACUUCGUUAAAAAGAACACAAUCGAGGUUCCCCGCGAGGGUUGCAAGGACUGCUUAGUGGUAGGUGAUUUGGCGACCCGCACCAUCGAUCAGCUGUCGUGCCUCGUAGAUGAGAUCUUCGUUCCAUUGCUAUCGAACUCGGACAACCACCAAGGGUGGCCAGAGAUGGUCGCACAAGACGUCCAAAAGCAGGUUCAUAGCCUCAAAAGCACCGUCUAUCAAGUCCAGGGUCAAGUUAGUGGACAGACCGUUCUACCAAUGCCCGUCGGAGUUGAUAAAUGUGUGCAAACCGCAAAAGAGCUGGUAGUAAAUGCGGAGUGUUCGAUCAAUCUCUACCUGAAGAGUGCGAUCGAAGGCGUUGUUAUUAAAUGGGCCACCCAGGUGAACGACGUAAUGCUCGAGUCAAGCGCGAAUGCAUUCAACGGUGGACAGAAUCCAGUGCCGUCAGCUGAGAUUAGCUUCUGGAACAACCGUUUGAAAAAUCUCACCUACAUCUACGAACAGCUACGACACGAAAGGAUUCGAAGCAUGGCACUUAUACUAGAGUUUACCGACAGCGCGUACUACCCAUGCUUCAAAACACUCUUUAAAAAUGUAGUAACUGCACUUGCAGAAGCACGUGACAUUACGCUGUAUCUGAAUCCACUCACACGUCACUUCCAGCAGCUAGAAGACACCGAAUUUUCCGAAUGCAAGGUUUUACUGAAACCACUUAUGCACGUGGUGUGCCUGAUUUGGUCCAAUUCUCUAUACUAUUGUCAUUCCGCAAAGCUGAUCGUAUUGCUCAGACAGAUCUGCAAUUUAAUCAUACAACAGGCGAAGCGCUUCCUCGACCCGUCGUCCAUCUUCCACACCGACAUCGACGAGGCAAUGCAGCGCAUCUCGCUGUCGAUUCAAAUUCUCAAGUACUUCCGUACGGUGUACGAUGAAUACAAAGAUAACAUCGCCCCGUUCUUUAAAGAACGCCCUGUGGUCAACUGGACUUUCCACCCGAACGCGGUCUUUGAACGAUUCAAUGCGUUCCUCGAACGACUGUUUACCAUACAGUGGUUCUUUAAUACGGUCAUAGAGUUUCUGAAGCUUGAGAAGGUUGAAAUCGGCGGCCUCAAGGGUCGGGCCCUCAGUGCCCGCAUCACCGGCGUAUCGGUCGAGUUCAACCAGUGUUUCUCCGUAUUCGCGUCCAAGACGUACGAUGUCCUGGACCCGGAUGAUCCAACGUUUAAGGAAGACUUCGUCAAGUUUCAAGAUCGCAUCCUCGAGCUUGAUCUGAAGCUGGCGGCCAUCCUCUGUCAGGCGUUCGACGAUUGUCACAAUCUGGAAAGUGUUUUUAAGUUGAUAAGCAUCGUAGGAACGGUAUUGGAUCGGCCUAAGAUUCGUGAAGAAUUUACAGGUAAAUAUCGGCAAAUACUGUUCAUGAUUGAUGAUGAACUGAGCACUUGUGAGGAUAUCUUCGAUAUGCAAAUGGAGCAUUAUCGCAAGGAUGGGCACAUUUUCGUUGACAGAAGUGCACCACCGGUUACGGCCAGCCUACGUUGGGUGCUGCAGCUUACUAACCGUAUUACCACACCGAUCAAGCAGUUUCAAACUUUACAGCAUCCGGUGGUUCAAUCUGACGAAGGUCUGGAGUUGAUUGUACGCUUCGACGAGUUGAUCAGGAAAUUGAAGGAGUUCGAGCGUUCGAUUUUCGAUGCCUGGGCAGCAACCGUGGAUGGAACGAUCGAGGAAAACUUGGACAAACCGCUAAUCGUACGAAAGCGGAACAGCCCAGAGUUGUCGCUGAAUUUUAGUUCACAUUUGUUUGCCAUCUUGCGUGAGGUUCACUAUCUUCGCUUGAUGGAAAAAGAGGACAUCCCGGAGCGGGGUCUGGAGUUUUCCAACAAGAGUGACAUCUUUCGCUCGUACACGUUGAAUCUGGAGAAAACUGUUGAGUGGUACAAUAAAAUACGACGCACCUGUACGGAGGUGGAACUUGAACUGAUCAAGGAUGAAUUGAAGGUGAUCGAUGAAUUGCUGGAGCGGGCGAUUGAUGAGCUUACUUGGAACUCGGAAGACGUCACUGAGUACAUGAACAGGAUUCGCACUCCAGUAGAGCAGUUGCAAGGUCGCAUGCACAGCAUUCAAACGAAUCUUAAGGAAAUCCGUUCGCUGAUGUCAUCCUGGAUUAAAAACCCUCUAUUCGAGCGUAAGGACUCCAAAAAAGACACCGUACUUUGCUUGGAGGAAAGAAACGAUCGGAAGACUAAACGGUACACCGAGCUGGAGGCUGCCGCCAGCAAAGUACAUCAGCUGCUGGAGGCCAAUAUGCACCUGUUUGGCAUGGGAGACAAACAGGACGAUGAGAAUUGGAUAAAAUAUGUACACUUUGUUGAUAAUAUAGUUUACGAGAAUUUGCUGUUUAUGAUUGGAAUUAGUAUGGGAUAUCUUGUAGAGAAUAUGGAUCAGGGGAACAAUUUAGCACCGUUAUUUGAAUCUAGACUGGAACUGUUGGAACCAGAUCUAGUGUUUGUACCGUCACUUAAUCCUACCGAUCCAAAUGGUUUUAACUUUUUGCUAGCGAGUUUAGUAACUGAUAUUACUUAUAUGUCGUCGUUAAUUCCGAGACUGCUGCAAACAGCAGGCAAAUCUUAUGAGGAAAUUAUACUAGACAACACUGAUAUUCAAGACAUGAAGGUGGAGAUUUUACAAGGGGUGGACAAAGUGAUACAGGAAGCUGCUCAGUUCUGUGGAGACUUUGAACGAUACAGCUACCUCUGGCUGGAGGAUCGAGAGUACAGUAUGGAAAUUUUCCUCGAGUAUGGGCGCCAACUGGAGGCCGAUGAACUCGAGUUGAUAGCCAACAAGGAUCCGGAUGCUCCUCAGCCUUGUCCUCCGAUUAUCGAAGCUUUUCGUGAACAAAUCGAUCACUAUGAGUCACUAUAUCUAGAGAUAGAAAAGAUUGAACCGUUUCAGAUUUUUAACGCAUGGUUUCAAGUAGACGUGAGACCGUUUAGACAGUCACUUUUGAAUAUAGUUAGAAAGUGGGGCAACAUGUUUAAAGAUCACCUAGUUACUAACGUCACCUACAGUCUUACGGAUUUGGGCAACUUCAUCAGAAAAGCAGACGAGGGACUUCUGCAAAUCGUCAAGGAGGGAGAUUAUGAUGGAUUAGUGAAUAUAAUGGCUUAUCUGUUGCACGUUAAAGAACGCACCGCCACCACCGACGAAAUGUUUGAGCCGAUGAAGGAGACCAUCGAGCUACUUAAAUACUACGACAUGGAUAUCCCCGAGGAGGUCAAUGUGUAUUUGCAGGAGCUACCUGAACAGUGGGCUAAUACGAAAAAGAUUGCGCUUACUGUUAAGCAGCAGGUUGCACCUCUGCAAGCGAACGAGGUUGUCGGCAUAAGGAAUCGUAUAGCCGCAUUCGAUCUGCACAUUACCCUGUUUAGGGAUAUUUUUCGAACAUACGAAUUCUUCAAAUAUGACUGCGGAUUGCCGUACCAGCUGAUGAACCGAAUCAACGGCGAUAUCGAACGUCUGGAAAAGAAUAUGUCAGAUAUUCAUGAAUCUGGAAGCCUCUUCGAGGUUACCGUUCCUGAGUUCAAACUGUUGAAGCAAUGCCGAAAAGAGAUGAAAAUGUUAAAGCAAUUGUGGGACUACGUCUUUAUUGUUCGUACCAGUAUUGAAGACUGGAAAACGACGCCAUGGCGAAAAGUCGACGUUGAAAACAUGGACAUUGAGUGCAAAAAGUUCGCCAAAGAUAUUCGCUUGCUGGACAAAGAGAUGCGACCAUGGGACACUUAUAUGACACUGGAAGCGACUGUUAAAAACAUGCUGACAUCGUUACGAGCAGUCGGAGAGCUACAGAAUCCGGCCAUUCGAGAGCGUCACUGGAAUCAACUGAUGACGUCAACAAAGAGUUUAGCCAGUCUGCCGCCCGAAAUUACAGUUCAAUUUAUAAUGGACAAAAACACUACCUUAUCGGACCUGUUAGCUUUGAAUCUGCACGAGUGUGAGGAAGAAGUGAAAAACAUAGUCGACAAAGCCGUCAAAGAAAUGUCGAUGGAAAAAAUCCUGCGCGAUUACAACUCCACCUGGUCGACCAUGGAAUUCGAGCAUGAGAUUCAUCCACGAACCGGAUGCUCCCUGCUGAAAGCGUCGGAGGAACUAAUCGAAACUCUGGAGGAGAACCAGGUCGUCUUGCAGAAUCUGAUGACCUCAAAAUUCGUUGCCCACUUCCUCGAGGAAGUUUCCGCCUGGCAGAAAAAGCUCACCACCGCCGAUCAAGUUAUCACCGUUUGGUUUGAGGUGCAGCGUACCUGGACUCAUCUGGAGUCAAUUUUCAUGAGCUCGGAAGACAUCCGAAAGCAGCUUCCGGUUGAUUCGGCUCGAUUCGACCAAAUUGACGCUGAUUUUAGGGUUAUGAUGGAAGAAAUGUCCAAGACUUCCAACGUGAUCCACGCCACCAAUCGUGACGGACUUUGCGAAAAGUUAGACGGCCUCCAGGGUCAACUAACUCUGUGCGAGAAAGCACUUGCAGAGUACCUGGAAACAAAGCGUCUGUAUUUUCCACGUUUCUAUUUUGUCUCCUCUGCCGAUCUGCUGGACAUUCUCAGCAACGGAAACAGACCGGAAGUUGUGUGUAAACAUCUAACCAAGCUGUUCGACUCCAUAGCGAAUCUUAAAUUUCAAGCUAGCAAUGAUCACACUAAACGUGCGCUUGGAAUGAUCGCGAAGGACACUGAGUUCGUGAAGUUCUUCGAACUGUGCCACUGCACCGGAGCGGUUGAAGUCUGGCUUAACCAAGUGCAAGCCUCCAUGCGGUCUUCUCUGCGGGGCUACAUAGCCGAUGCAGUCGUAGCCUACGAGGAAAAACAACGCGAACACUGGUUGUUCGAUUAUCCCGCCCAGGUAUCGCUAUGCGGAACUCAGAUCUGGUGGACUACCGAAGUAGAUAUCGCUUUCAACCGCCUGGAAGAAGGUUACGAUAACGCCAUCAAAGAUUAUUACAAAAAGCAAAUUUCUCAACUAAGCACCCUAAUUACUUUACUACUCGGUGAGCUGACCAAGGGCGAUCGCCAAAAGAUCAUGACCAUCUGCACUAUCGAUGUGCACUCGCGAGACGUCGUCAGUAAGCUUAUCCAAUCGAAAGUCGAGAGCGCAUCGGCAUUCCAGUGGCAAUCACAGCUGCGUCACCGCUGGGAUGAUGGCGAAAAGGAUUGUUUUGCCAAUAUUUGCGAUGCCCAAUUUCGCUACAGCCAUGAAUAUUUGGGUAACACGCCACGUCUUGUGAUAACCCCGCUAACGGAUCGCUGCUACAUCACAUUGACCCAAUCGUUGCAUCUCGUAAUGGGUGGAGGACCUGCUGGCCCUGCCGGAACCGGAAAAAUAGAAACAACUAAAGAUCUUGGCAGAGCGCUAGGAAUCAUGGUAUACGUAUUCAACUGCUCCGAACAGAUGGACUACAAAUCGUGCGGCAAUAUCUACAAAGGUCUCGCACAAACCGGAGCUUGGGGAUGCUUCGACGAGUUCAAUCGAAUCUCGGUAGAGGUUCUGUCUGUCGUUGCGGUGCAGGUCAAAUCAGUGCAAGACGCUAUUCGCGACAAAAAGGACAAGUUUAACUUCAUGGGAGAGAUCAUCGCUUGCGUACCAACAGUGGGUAUUUUCAUUACCAUGAAUCCCGGCUACGCUGGUCGUACCGAGUUGCCGGAAAACCUCAAAGCUUUGUUUAGACCAUGCGCAAUGGUUGUACCUGAUUUCGAAUUGAUUUGUGAAAUCAUGUUGGUAGCAGAGGGCUUCCAAGACGCGCGAGUACUGGCCCGGAAGUUUAUCACUCUAUACACUUUAUGUAAAGAAUUACUAUCAAAGCAAGAUCAUUACGAUUGGGGUUUACGGGCUAUCAAAUCCGUACUGGUCGUGGCUGGUUCGCUGAAGCGCGGUGAUCCUGGUCGUCCUGAGGAGGAAGUCUUGAUGAGAGCUCUCCGUGAUUUCAACAUCCCCAAAAUCGUUACGGACGAUAUGCCUGUGUUCAUGGGCUUGAUUGGUGACUUGUUCCCGGCUUUAGAUGUGCCACGAAAGCGUGACAUGGAGUUUGAAAAAACGGUGAAACAAGCUACACUGGAUCUUGCACUGCAACCAGAGGACAAUUUCAUCCUCAAGGUUGUCCAGCUGGAAGAGCUACUGGAGGUGCGACACUCGGUCUUUAUCGUCGGUAGUGCCGGCACAGGAAAAACUCAAGUUUGGAAAACUUUAUACAAAACCUAUCAGAACAACAAGAAGAAACCAACCUUCAAUGACCUGAACCCAAAAGCUGUGACUAACGAUGAGCUAUUCGGAAUCAUCAAUCCAGCCACGAGAGAAUGGAAAGACGGCCUGUUCUCAGUCAUAAUGCGUGAACAGGCUAGUUUGUCUGGCGAUAAUCCCAAAUGGAUUAUUCUGGACGGUGACAUUGAUCCCAUGUGGAUCGAAAGUUUGAAUACUGUUAUGGAUGACAACAAGGUGUUGACACUGGCUUCCAACGAGCGUAUCGCUUUGACGCCUUAUAUGAGACUCAUAUUCGAGAUAUCCAACCUGCGAACUGCAACUCCAGCUACUGUCUCACGUGCUGGAAUUCUAUACAUAAAUCCACAAGAUUUGGGCUGGAAUCCGUAUGUAACAAGUUGGAUCGAAACCCGUACGAUCCCAGCGGAAAAGUCCAACUUGGUGAUCUUGUUCGACAAGUACAUCCCAUCCUGCUUGGACAACAUACGAACACGCUUCAAGAAGAUCACACCAGUCGCCGAGAUGGCCCACAUUCAAAUGCUUUGUCACUUAUUGGAGUGUCUUUUGAUCCCAAUCAAUACUCCCGCUGAUUGUCCGAAGGAGUGGCAUGACUUAUAUUUUGUGUUUUCGUGCGUUUGGGCAUUCGGUUCAGCUAUGUUUCUAGACGCGGCCAUCGAUUACCGCAUCGAGUUUAGCAAGUGGUGGGUUAACGAGUUUAAAACCGUUAAAUUUCCACCAACCGGAACGGUGUUUGAUUAUUUUAUCGAUACGGAAACUAAACACUGGACUCCGUGGACAGAAAUACUGCCCAAGUUUGAAAUGGACUGUGACCAACCGCUGCAGGCUGUGUUGGUGCACACAUCGGAGUCCAUCCGGCUGAGAUUCUUCCUCGAUCUGCUGAUGGACCGCUCACAUCCGGUGAUGCUUGUUGGCAUCGCAGGUUGUGGCAAAACCGUUAUUGUCAAUGAGAAAUUAUCCAAUCUAUCGGAGAACUUUGCCAUCGCGAACAUCCCUUUCAAUUUCUAUACCAGUUCUGAAAUGCUUCAAAAAGUUAUGGAGAAACCAUUAGAAAAGAAAGCGGGUCGUAACUAUGGGCCUCCCGGGAGUAAAACUUUAAUCUACUUUAUCGACGAUAUGAACAUGCCUGAGGUGGAUGCCUACGGAACGGUGCAACCACAUACACUGAUCCGACAACAUUUGGACUACAGUCACUGGUACGAUCGGAAUAAGCUUACCCUGAAAGACAUCCACAAUUGCCAGUACGUGUCGUGUAUGAACCCCACCUCGGGUAGUUUCACUAUCAACCCUAGACUGCAGCGGCACUUUUGCGUGUUCGCAGUAAGCUUUCCGGGAUCCGAGGCCGUUACCACCAUCUAUCAUUCGAUCCUUCUUCAGCACUUUGCGAACGCUGAACAGAAGUUCAACAUAGCUGUAACGAAAAUAUCGCAAAAUAUUGUCGCAGCAAGUUUGGCUCUGCACUCUAAAGUGGCACAAGUGUUUCUUCCGACCGCCAUCAAGUUCCACUACGUUUUUAAUCUACGCGAUCUAACUAAUGUUUUUCAGGGUUUGUUAUUCAGUACGAAUGAUUGCUUGAUGACCUCCAGUGAUUUUAUUCGACUGUGGUUGCAUGAAACUCAGCGUGUGUACGGUGAUAAGCUGCUGGACGACAAAGAUAUCGAUAGUUUUACCAAAAUGCAAAACGAUUUGGUGAAGAAGUCUUUCGAGGAAAUUGACGAAUCCAUAGUAUUCGACAAGCCCAACAUCUACUGCCACUUUGCUGGUGGUAUUGGCGAGCCAAAGUACAUGCCGAUCACCGAUUGGGGAAUAUUGACGAAACUGCUGCAAGAAGCUAUGAUGUCCUACAAUGACUUGAUCGCUGCUAUGAAUCUGGUGCUCUUUGAAGAUGCGAUGAUGCACGUGUGCAGAAUCAACCGCAUCCUCGAAUCACCCCGAGGUAGCGCUUUACUGGUAGGUGUUGGCGGUAGUGGGAAACAAUCGCUCAGCCGAUUAGCAGCCUUUAUCUCCAGUUUAGAAGUCGCUCAAGUUCAGCUGAAGAAAGGUUACAGCGUUCAAGAUUUAAAGAAUGAAUUAUCCGGUUUAUAUCUCAAGGCUGGAAUGAAAAACGUUGGCAUUAUGUUCCUGAUGACAGAUGCUCAAAUUUCCAGUGAAAGUUUCCUGGUUAUUAUCAACGAUCUUCUCUCGUCGGGUGAAAUCGCAGAUCUUUUCCCCGACGAUGAGGUGGAGAAUAUCAUCUCGGGAGUAAGGAACGAAGUUAAAGGUGCCGGUCUGGUUGACACUCGAGAGAACUGCUGGAAAUUUUUCAUCGAUCGCGUUCGUCGUCAGCUCAAGGUUGUGCUGUGCUUUUCGCCAGUGGGAACCACACUGCGUGUGCGAUCACGCAAAUUCCCUGCGAUCAUUACCUGCACUCAGAUCAAUUGGUUCCAUGAGUGGCCGCAGGAAGCUUUGAUGUCCGUGUCGUUGCGUUUCCUACAAGAGUUGACGAUUCUACCGGGCGAUUGCAAGGACUCAAUUGCACGGUUCAUGGCUUACGUACACACCUCGGUCAACUCGAUGUCCAAGGUUUACCUGCAGAACGAGCGACGCUACAACUAUACAACUCCGAAAUCCUAUCUAGAGCAAAUCAGUUUGUACGAUAAGUUACUAAAGGAAAAACACGGCGAGCUGCGCAAAAAGGUCGAACGUCUCGAGAAUGGUUUGGAAAAACUUCGAACCACCGCAGAUCAAGUUGCAACUCUAAAGCAAAAGCUCGCGGUACAGGAAGUUGAACUGAAAGAAAAAAAUGAAGCAGCCGAUGCUUUGAUCGAAAUGGUUGGAGUUGAAACGGAAAAAGUACAAACUGAAAAGGCCAUCGCCGACGAAGAGGAGCAAAAAGUGGCCGUAAUUGCGCAAGAAGUAGCCAAGAAGCAACGCGACUGCGAAGAAGAUCUAGUUAAAGCGGAACCGGCACUGAUUGCCGCUCAGGAAGCUUUGAACACCCUCAACAAGGCUAAUCUAACUGAGUUGAAGUCGUUCGGUUCGCCUCCUGGUGCAGUGACCAAUGUAACCGCUGCUGUUAUGGUUCUACUUGCUCCAAAUGGAAAGAUCCCCAAAGAUCGCAGCUGGAAGGCAGCGAAAAUCGUUAUGGCUAAAGUGGACUCUUUCUUAGAUAUGUUGAUCAAUUAUGACAAAGAACACAUCCAUCCAGAAAUUAUAAAAGCCAUACAACCGUACUUGAAAGAUAACGAAUUUGAUCCCGAUUUCGUUCGUUCUAAAUCGGCUGCGGCUGCCGGCCUGUGCGCCUGGGUCAUCAACAUUAUCAAGUUCUAUGAUGUAUAUUGUGAUGUAGAACCAAAACGACGCGCACUUGCCGCAGCCAACGCAGAAUUGUGCGCCUCGCAGGAAAAAUUAGCAUGCAUCAAACGGAAAGUUACUUCCCUUGAAGAGCAACUGGCCAAACUAACGGCCGAUUUUGAAAAGGCUACAGCCGACAAGAUUCGUUGUCAACAGGAAGCCGAUGCAACGCAGGCCACAAUCCAGCUCGCCAAUCGACUGGUUGGUGGUCUUGCCAGUGAAAAUGUACGCUGGGCCGAGGCUGUGGCUGAGUUUAUGCAGCAGGCAACCACGUUACCCGGUGACAUAUUACUGAUCACUGCAUUCAUAUCGUAUGUCGGUUGUUUCACCAAACAAUUCCGGCUUGAUCUGCUCAACAAAAUGUGGCUUCCGUUCCUGCGGGCCCUCGAGCCGGGUAUACCAAUUACAGACAGUCUUGAUCCAUUAAGAUUACUGACCGAUGACACUCAGAUUGCGACUUGGCAGAACGAAGGUUUGCCCAGCGAUCGAAUGUCUAUCGAAAACGCUACGAUUCUUUCCAACUCCGAUCGGUGGCCGUUGAUGAUUGACCCGCAGCUACAGGGUAUCAAAUGGAUCAAGCAAAAAUACGGCGACAUACUGAAGGUCAUCCGACUAGGAUCCAAGGGAUACUUGGAGAUUCUUGAAACAGCACUCGCGAAAGGCAGCACAGUGCUGAUUGAAAAUAUCGGCGAAAACGUGGAUCCCGUCCUAGACCCACUGCUUGGGAGAAACCUUAUCAAAAAAGGAAGAGCAAUCAAGAUCGGAGACAAAGAAGUGGAAUACAACCAAAGUUUCCGCUUGAUUCUUCACACAAAAUUAGCAAAUCCGCAUUACAAACCGGAAAUGCAAGCCCAAACAACGCUUAUCAAUUUCACCGUCACCCGGGAUGGACUUGAAGACCAGCUACUGGCUGAAGUCGUCAAAGCCGAGCGCCCAGAUCUGGAGGAGCUGAAGGCGGACCUCACGAAGCAGCAGAAUGAUUUCAAGAUUAUGCUAAAAAGGCUGGAAGAUGACCUCCUUUCGCGUCUCUCCUCAGCCGGUGGCAACAUCCUAGGAGACACAGCCCUGGUUGAGAAUCUCGAAACGACCAAAAAGACGGCUGCUGAAAUCGAGGAGAAGGUCACCGAGGCUAAGGUUACAUCAAAGGAGAUUGACGAAGCUCGCGAGCACUAUCGACCGGCAGCGGCACGGGCAAGCCUGCUGUACUUCAUUUUAAACGACUUGAAUACGAUCAACCCAAUUUAUCAGUUUUCGUUAAAAGCAUUCAGUGUAGUUUUUCAGAAGGCAAUUUCCAGAGCAGAGCCAGCUGAUACAGUUCCGUUGAGAGUUCACAAUCUUAUCGACUGCAUAUCGUUCUCAGUGUUUCAGUACACUACGCGAGGGCUUUUCGAGUGUGAUAAACUUAUUUUUAUGUCCCAAAUGACUUUUCAGAUACUUUUGAUGAGCGAAGAGAUCACCCCCGCCGAACUGGACUUUCUGCUACGUUUUCCAAUCAAACCUCAUGUAACUUCACCAGUAGAUUUUCUGACCAACUUGGCCUGGGGUGGCAUCUGCAGCUUGGCGUCAAAAGAUGAGUUCCGCAAUCUGGAUCGAGAUAUUGAAACAUCCUCUAAACGUUGGAAGAAAUUGAUUGAGUCCGAAUGCCCGGAGAAGGAGAAGUUCCCACAAGAAUGGAAGAAUAAAACUGCUUUGCAGAGACUGUGCAUGAUGCGUGCGCUGAGGCCAGAUAGAAUGACAUAUGCAAUGACAGAUUUCAUAGAGGAAAAACUUGGUGCUAAGUAUGUGGAAAACCGCACUAUGGAAUUCGCAAAAUCGUUCGAAGAAACAAGCCCAUCAACACCGAUUUUCUUCAUUCUAUCGCCGGGAGUAAACCCGUUGAAAGAUGUUGAAGCACUAGGCAAGCAGCUUGGCUACUCCGCAGAUAACGGAAACUUUUAUAACGUUUCACUCGGUCAAGGCCAGGAAGUGGUGGCUGAAGCAGCUAUGGAUAAAGCCGCCACGGCUGGACACUGGGUUGUUCUUCAGAACAUUCAUCUGGUGAAAAAAUGGUUACCUUCACUGGAGAAGAAGUUGGAAUAUUAUUCGGAAGGAUCUCAUGAAAAUUAUCGCGUAUUUAUGAGUGCUGAGCCCGCCGCAACACCAUCAGCUCAUAUCAUCCCUCAAGGUAUAUUGGAAUCGUCAAUCAAAAUCACCAACGAACCACCAACCGGAAUGCAAGCCAACCUGCAUAAGGCGUUGGAUAACUUUACCCAAGAAACCCUCGAAAUGAGCGGUAAAGAAGCUGAAUUCAAAGUGAUAUUAUUUUCACUUUGCUACUUCCACGCGGUGGUUGCCGAACGUCGAAAGUUCGGCCCGCAAGGAUGGAACAAAAUUUAUCCCUUCAACGUCGGUGAUUUGAACAUCUCUGUAUCCGUAUUGUACAACUACCUGGAAGCGAAUACCAAAGUCCCAUGGGAGGAUCUUCGCUAUCUGUUUGGCGAGAUCAUGUAUGGUGGUCACAUCACCGACGAUUGGGACCGCAGAACCUGCAUCACCUAUCUGGAAGAACUAAUGCAGCCCGAUUUAGUCGACGGUGAGCUGUUCUUAGCGCCAGGAUUCGCCGCUCCCCCGAAUACUGACUAUGCUGGCUAUCAUGCCUACAUAGACGAUGCAAUGCCUCCAGAAUCUCCAUACCUGUACGGAUUACAUCCGAAUGCGGAGAUCGGCUUCCUGACCACGACUUCAGAGAACCUCUUCCGAACUGUUUUCGAAAUGCAACCUCGCGAAGCUGGAGCCGGAUCAGGAACUACGGUUACUCGAGAAGAUAAAGUCAAACAGGUAUUAGAUGAAAUUUUGGAGAAGCUUCCCGAAGAAUUCAAUAUGGCCGAGAUAAUGGGCAAAGUUGAGGAACGCACACCGUACGUGGUGGUGGCAUUCCAAGAGUGCGAACGCAUGAACUACUUGACAGGCGAGAUCAAGAGAAGUCUGAAGGAAUUGGAUCUCGGUAUGAAGGGCGAGCUGACGAUAACUUCGGACAUGGAGGAGCUGGAAAAUUCUUUAUUCUUGGACCAGGUACCAUCGAUUUGGUCCGCCCGGGCCUACCCGUCGUUACUAGGCCUUACAGCAUGGUUUGUGGAUUUACUUCUACGAUUACGAGAGCUAGAAACGUGGUCUGCUGAUUUCGUGCUUCCAGUAUCAGUUUGGCUUGCAGGAUUUUUCAACCCCCAAUCGCUUUUGACUGCUAUAAUGCAAUCAACAGCGAGAAAAAAUGAACUUCCUCUGGACAAAAUGUGUCUGCACUGUGACGUAACCAAGAAGCAGAAGGAUGAUUUCACCACCGGACCAAGAGAAGGAGCUUAUGUGCACGGUAUUUUCAUGGAAGGCGCUCGGUGGGAUGUCCAGCAAGGAAUUAUAAUGGAAUCGAAGCUAAAGGAGUUGUAUCCUCAAAUGCCGGUUAUAAAUAUAAGAGCUCUUACUCAAGACAAACAGGACCUUCGCAACAUGUACGAAUGCCCGGUGUACAAAACCAGAACUCGUGGCCCUACUUAUAUAUGGACAUUUAACCUUAAAACCAAAGAUAAACCGGCCAAAUGGACAUUAGCCGGUGUUGCACUACUGUUACAAGUUUAAAUAUUUUAUUGAAUCGUUUCAUCUAUCACCGAUCAACGUUUAACGUGUGUUAUGUUUAUUGCAGAAAUUUUUAAUAGUGUGUAAGCACAAUAUGAAAUAAUAUCUAAAGUACAAACUAUUUGCUUGAUAUAUACCAUCGUUCCAUUGUCAUUUAAUAAAAAGCACUCGUCUUCAUUGCAAACUCAAA